AUGAGCAGCGAGUCGAACCAUGCAGAACUGCCCCCACCGCUACCCGGACCAGUCUUCGAUGCCCUCCAGGAGCAAUGUGUGAUUCGCCUCAACCAAAUUCAGAAGGUAACAUUUUGUCGGAGCACUCCAAAGACUUUUCAAUAUUAAAAACGUUCAGAUUAGCUUUGCGUACCGAAAUCUUAAUCGUCUCCCGUCGCACUACAAACAGAUCGUUAAGGACGCCUUUGAGGCAGACGAUCCUCUCCAAUUAUGGAACCUCGAAAACGGGUUAUUUCUUGAGUCCGAAGAGAUUGAUGUCAGUUUCACUUCAGAAUUUUUCCAACAAAUGUACACGUUUCAGAUAUUGGAACGAGAGAGCUCAUCAAUCUCGAGCGGACAAGAACAAGAAUCCUUUGAGACACCACCACCGGACGGUCACUUCUACGGGCAGAACAGCAUUCUAGAUCCCUCUUAUCGGGUUAGUUAUCUGCAGUCGUCGGAAAUUGAGCGCCUCCUGAUAAAUAAAUUGUCUUUCUUGAUUCAGUGCAGAUACCAUUUGGAGAAGAAAAGAUGAGAAGAAUUUUGUUUCCAAAAGAAAGAACAAACUUUUUCGCAUGAUUGACCCCAACACUUCACUCACACAUGUACGGAAGUUCAUGUAGAAUAGAGUCCGGUUCACUUGUUCAUCUCUCUCACGCGGUUCAUUGACUUUGACUGUCAAACCACUGCGUUUUCCGCUUGUUGACCGGUAGCUAGAAAAGCUCACUGACGUGUUAAUAUGGGUUUCCCUGUGUGCGCCAUGAAACCUAUGACAUCGGCAUCAUUGUUGCCUUUUUCAGGGUGUUCCACAGCAAGAGCCGCCUCAACCAAUGCUCAAUCCGUCGAUGUUCACGCAAGGUCUGGGAAUGGCUCCGAACGGGAAUCCAUCAAGUCAACAGAGCAGUAACCUGGUUCCAUCGAUGGCUGGUCUGCCAUUGCAUCCAAAUGGCUCGUCCAUGUUGUCAAUGUACCCGCCGGGGGUUCCAAUCAAUCUGCCAGGAUUGCCAUCGAUUGGACCACAAUUGAUGAGCAACCAUCGUCAGAGUAACCCAAUGGCCUACUCAGCGCUAAUCGCUUCGUUGCAACCUCAAGGAGUAGUCCCGGUCGCACACGCUCCGUUCCAUCAAGGUUUUCAUCCUAUUCGCCAACAGGGAGCUCACAACCAAUCCGUGUACGAACCAUCGACGACGACGGACCAGUCCAUGUGUCAACCGUCAAUGGCCAGCCAGUCAAUGUGUUUCCCGCCGACAGGAAACCAGUCGAUGAUCAUGCAGUCAUUGGGAAAUCAAUCCAUGAUUGCUCCUCCGACGGCCAAUCAGUCGAUGGCUGUCCCGCCCUCGAUGCCAUAUCUGCCACACAUGUUUUUGAGUGGAAUGCGUGCUGCGGUGCCACUCGGAUACCCUCUACAAAGGAACAUGGUCACUCCGAUGCAAAUGUUCAGACCCGCAGUUAUGCCGAUGGAGCAAUCCAGGGGAGGACCGGCGCAUCAGAGAGGUGUCGUCUACGUUCCGCUGCUUCCUCCGACCGUCAUCCGAAGAAAGGUGAACACAAACUCAACCGGAAGUGGAUGUCGCUCUUCCUCAAUUGGAGAAGCGCACUCGAAGACGUCUACUUGUCCCGCUGGCGAUUGGCCGUCCGACUCGACGUCUAAAGAAGGACGUUCUGACCAUCGAAUGCAAGUGACGUCGACUAUUCGUGUGGAUUCGGCUGCCGCAUCGGACGGUCCUGCUGAUUCAGCAUCAACACCUAUACAACCCAAUGAGGACCAACAUCAGAAUUCAAGUCACAGUGUGGAUGAGGAUGAAGUCGAAAGUGCGCGUAGCGAAGCGGACGACGUUCUCAUGGAGGAGCAGAGAUGUGAUCACGAGGCGUUGAAUGAGCAAUGGCCUCAGGAACCAUGUAAUGGAACGAAUGCUCUGAGAUGCAUGGAGGAAAAGUGGGACUCGAAGGACCAACGAUGCAUCAAAGAAGAUGUUAUUGAAGGAGAUGAGUACCUGGAAUUGUGCCAAGUUACCGUGAAAUUUGAAAAAGAAGUCGAAGCAAACGCCAAGAGGCAUGUGCAGGUAAGCUUUGAAUGAUCCGAGCAGGGCUCCAGUAAAUUGUGUAUUCAGGGCGAUUCUGAGGACUUUUAUCGGGAGUACGCUGACGAUGCCGCCGAGCAGUAUCAGGAAGGAGAUGUCCAGGAAAAUUCGAGGAUGCUAAUCCAGGAAAACUCUGAAAAAUUCCCCCAGGACUAUACCGAACGAUACGAACAGAUCUUCGAAGGCAACGGCAGUGAUUACAACGAGGAAGAUUCGGAGCGGGUGUUGGAAUCGGUCCUCGCCAGCUUCAGUGCUGACGGUGACGACGAGUGCAGCGGGGAGGGUUCGGACGGCUGCGUGGUCAACGAUUCCGAUGAGAAGAUCUGCGACGAGCUCUCGGACGACCUAAGAAUGAUCAGUUUGAAGGUUGACGGAGAAGUUAGAAGAAGUCGAUCUUCAUCAAAUUCGUCCGUGGAAGUGUCGGAGCCGGAACUGGAAUCGGAUGCAGAGCCGGAACAGGAAUCUGAGCCGGAGCGACAGCAGAAUUCUGUACUGGAACUGCAGCCGCAACCUCAACAGAAGCAAUCAGCUGUUCGCAAACAGAAACUAUCGAAGAGAGAGAAACGACUUUUGGAGAAGGAAAAUGCGAAGAAGUUGGAGACCGACGAUUUCAUUCUGGAGCAGGCGUUGUUGGAGAACAAGCGUCUGACAGAAUGUCAGGAAACUGAAGAAAUCGUCCGGUAUAUGAACGAAGCAGCUGAAAAGCGAAAGAUCGGACAUGUUGCUGAGAUGAAGCAGAUGCUAAUCAGUCGACGAAGCUUUCGUCUCAACCGGGAGCAGGAAGUAAGUGGAAGCCAGCUCGAUGUUCGACGGGUUUCCGUGUCCGGAAUGACCGACGAACAGCUACUGGAAACUGUCAAGUGCGGAGAAUGGACACAUUUGACCGCUCCGGUCUUUGUGCGGACAAACGGUGAGUUACUUUAUUGAUCCGUAUGAGAAUUUUUUUUCAAUUUUUUUUAGAGAAUGCUUACGGCGAUCAUGUCGCAGUCCAUGUCUCGACGACAACUCCCCAAUUGGAUCGCAUCUCAUUCCACAAGAGAUUCAUUUGGGAGUUGGUCGCAGAACGGGCCCUCUUUGUUCAGCGCUUUGGUCGUGAGCUGAGCCAGAACGAGCACAAUACCGAAUUGAGUGAGUAACAAAUUUUUCGUUUUAUUUUUUAUCUGAGCUGUUUUUCAGACACGGCCAGAACCGAGUAUCUGAGGACCAUAGCAGACUACAAAAAGACAGCCGGCUUCUCCGACGACGAUGUGUACAUGGCCGUAGCCUUUGUCAAGAAGCGCCUAGAGACGCAUGAGAAGGUAAUACUGUCGUGAUCCGCUGUUGACAAAGUACUUUUUUCAGGAGAAGCAGAUCCGGACCCGCUAUCUCAUCUACCACACUCUUUCCGAAUACCUCCCUGUUGUUUUCAUUUCUGAUCUGUGCUGCCUGAAUAGUUUGUUAUUGACAGACAACAACCGUUUCAUCCAUUUUGAGGAAGUUUUUCUUUCCUUUCUCUAA